AUGUCUUCUAAUAAUAAUUCGUCCAACAACUCCUCAAAUAAUUCGCCAAACAAUCUCAACUACUUCAACAACAACUCCCACAACUCUCACAACUCAAACAAUAACUCACCCAACUCUCACAAUAAACCCAAUAUCAUCAACUCUAACAACACCCCAAUCAACCACCAAAUCUCUGGAAACAUCCCCAGAUCAAUCAUCCCUACUCGAAACUCGUCAAACUCUUCCGUUCAGAUUCAAAACCACCUCAACUACACUACAAAUUCCCCUAUUCAAAACUCUCUAUCAAUCUCCCCUGUUUUCGCCUCUCUAUCAAACAUGAACAAUGAAAACAUUAUCUCCCACAUAGAUUCCACAAAUAACUCCUCCCACUCUUCAAACACAAACGCCUCUACUAAUGGCCAGCUCUCAACCUCCUCUCCUGCUGGCAUUGCUGCUGCUUCUGCCGUAACCCCCGACAAGCUUGCCAGACUUCUCUUAUCCCAAGGCCCACUAGCUAUUCGUCACCUAACCUCCCAUCUAGCUUCUGCUAUCCCAGGUUUCUCUCAGCUCUCUUUGUCAAAGCAAAGAAGACUCAUCAUCGCUGCUUUAGAUGCUGGUGACCCUAAAACAAGCUGCAUCUUUGAAAAAGUUGGCUGGGGUCAAUGGGCUGCUAAAAAGGUUCCUCAAGAUUAUUUUAAAAAUAGAUUACCAAACCAAUUUGCUCAAACCUCUAAUAACAUUCUAAAUGGAACUCCAAAUCUAAACACUAUUAAUAAUAUCCCCAAUAUCAAUACUAACGCUGCUAACAACACUACUAACACUAAUAAUACCACCAACAAUAUCACCAACAAUAUCACCAAUAAUAUCAAUAACACUAAUAAUACUACUUCAAACCCCUUAUCAAUCAAUAAUCUAACUAACCCAAUCAUCCCUCUUAUCAAUAAUAACAACACUCUUCAUGACUGGGAAAAAUUAAGACGCGAGUCAAUCACAUACGACUCUAUAGACCUACACUCUCAACAAUUACCUUAUUCUCCAACUCUAGAUUCAAUCAGACAACAAAUUGUUGGCAAUGACAACUCGGCGUCAAUCUUACUAAAAAGUAACGAAGACGCUGUCUUUUCUUCUGACGAAGAAAACUGUGGUGAUGAUGACGAUAUCAACUCAUCUCCUUCCUUCUCUCCUCGUCUUUUACCAAACAAUCUACCAAAAACAAUCUACCAAAAACCUCAAUCAAUUUCAAUGUCUAUUCCUAUCCGUCGUCGCUCCUCAAUGAAUUCAAAAGUUUAUGGCAAACCAAGAUUCAAAAGUAGAUUAAACUCUUUUAAUAAUCCAAAUACUUCCACCAACACAAACAACUCUACUUCCAAUAAUCAAUCUAACAAUAACCCUUCUAAUUUACACAACUUACCUUCAAACAUCAACUCAAAUACCUCCUUUGAAAUCCUCCCCAACAUAGACUCACUAACUAAUCAUAGAGGCUCUUUUCCAAGUGUCUUUGGAAGACAAAGCUCAAUUAGAAGUUCCUUAGUCACUCCAAACAUCAUCUCUCCAGAGAAUCAUUUUACUAAUGACAACAUUCCCCAGAAUAAUGACAAAGAUGAAUUACAUCACUCAGACACUGAUGAAGAAGACUGGCGCUCUAUUGGCGCUGCUUCUUUACGUCGUGGUAGUUCAAGCCCUGGUCAGCCUUCUUCAUCUUCUGUUAGAUCCUCUGUUUCUCCAAUUAAACGCGAAAGCUUUAGUGCUCGUGAAGAGGAUGCUGCUUAUGCUUUAGUCAAUUUAGGUGGUUUCUCUAAAAGCUAA